AUGAACGCAUCGGAGCAGACACAAUCCGCAGAGGCUGCUGGCACCAUGACCAGCAGUGCUGAUCGCAUGGUGGGCAUGGAUCAUGCUGAAGUGCGUUAUUUCACAAGCUACGAUCAUCAUGGCAUUCAUGAGGAGAUGCUUAAAGACGAUGUCCGAACCAGAUCUUACCGUGAUUCUAUCUACCAAAACCGUCAUAUCUUCAAGGACAAGGUUGUUCUCGAUGUCGGUUGUGGAACCGGUAUCCUCAGCAUGUUCGCUGCUAAGGCUGGUGCUAAGCACGUAAUCGGUGUGGAUAUGUCCUCUAUCAUUGAGAAGGCCAAGGAGAUUGUCGCUUGCAACGGCCUGUCCGACAGGGUCACUCUUCUCCAAGGAAAGAUGGAGGAGGUUGUCCUUCCUUACCCCAAGGUUGAUAUCAUCAUUUCCGAGUGGAUGGGUUACUUCCUCCUUUACGAGAGCAUGCUGGACACUGUUCUCUAUGCCCGCGACCGCUAUCUUGUCCCCGGUGGCAAGAUCUUCCCCGACAAGGCUACCAUGUACUUGGCUGCUAUCGAAGACGGCGAGUACAAGGACGACAAGAUCGGAUUCUGGGAUAAUGUGUACGGGUUUGACUACUCCCCCAUGAAGGAGAUUGCCCUCACGGAACCCCUCGUGGAUACCGUUGAGCUGAAGGCCCUCGUCACCGACCCUUGCCCCAUCAUUACCCUUGACCUCUACACCGUCACCCCGGCCGAUCUCGCUUUCAAGGUCCCCUUCUCUCUUGCCGCCAAGCGCAGCGACUUCAUCCAUGCUGUGAUCGCCUGGUUCGAUAUCGAGUUUGGUGCCUGCCACAAGCCCAUCACCUUCUCCACCGGCCCCCACGCCAAGUACACACACUGGAAGCAGACCGUCUUCUACCUCCGUGAUGUUCUGACCGUCGAAGAGGAGGAAGUCGUUUCGGGAGUGUUGGAGAACAAGCCCAAUGACAAGAACAAGCGUGAUCUUGACAUCACUAUCUCUUACAAGUUCGAGACCACCGAUAAACUUCGUUACUCUGAAGGCAGCUGCUCCUAUAGAAUGUGCUAAAUGUAUUGGAUCUGAUGAAUCGCGGCACGUUCGGUUAUUUCAAUGUUCUCUUCUGAGUCAACAAUGUUAUGUCGGUAAUGCAUGAGGGUUCAAUUGUGGGAAGCAUAGCAUCAGUGGAAGUUCAAUUGUCUGGACGUUUGGGUCGUUGAAUGGCCUGAUUCGGCUCUUUUUCUCUUUUCUUAUUCAUCCGGCGUUGUGUUUUGGCAGGUAGGGGAACGGCAUCAUUGUUCGGCGCGAUACGGAGAGAUGAUUUGCACAAGAGACGAUUAUGAAGCUCCUCGAAUUACCCAAGUAGAUACCCCGAGUCGACGCUCAGUCCCAACUCCCUCCGACGUUCUCCUUCUUGAGUUCUUUAGCUUCAAA